AUGGCCGAAUACGGUACAUAUCAUAGCUCUGGCUAUGCCGGCGCUCCAGGGGAGGAUCCAAAUCGACAACAGUCAGCUGCGCCCGCACCAUAUUACAAUGCCAAUGCCCCUCCGGGCCAAGCGAUACAACAUCCCGGAAUACCGCCAUAUGGAGCAGCACAGCCUCCGCAGUUUCCUGGUCAACCCGGUGUCGGCUAUGGACCAGGGCCUGUACCUUCACCACCACAAGCUCUGGGAGGACCUGCUCUGGGUGGUUUGGCUACCCAGAUGGAAGGGCUGGGCAUAAGUUCGGACGCCGGUGCUCGCGGUCACAAGAAGAAACAUCGACAUGCGCAUCACGAUAUAGGAGGUCCCAACGCCCAGGGUCUUAACACCUUUGCUUCGCAGACCAACCUACAGUCGCAAUUCCUCAACACUGGCUUGAAUCAACCAGAACAACAGCCGGCACCAUCCGCAGCUUUCCCCGGAGCUCCAAUAGGGCAAACACCACCUAGCGCUGCACCAGGCGUUGCACCAGAGAUGGGAGGAGGAGCUGGCUCAGUUCCUACGCAAGGAAAAAUUGACCCCGAACAGAUCCCCAGUGUUCCUAGAUCGCGAGACGUUCCCGCACAAUACUACUUCAACAAUGUCUAUCCUACCAUGGAACGCCAUGUACCUCCGCCAGCGUCUAUUCCUUUCAUAGCACAUGACCAGGGCAACUCGUCACCGAAAGUCGCGCGGCUGACCCUCAACAACAUACCAUCAUCAUCAGACUUUUUGCAAUCGACCGGCCUCCCUCUGGGUAUGAUUCUACAGCCAUUGGCAAAAUUGGAUGCUGGGGAACAACCUGUGCCAGUGAUUGAUUUUGGCGACAUUGGGCCACCAAGAUGUCGAAGGUGUAGGACAUACAUCAACCCGUUCAUGACGUUCCGCUCUGGGGGUAACAAGUUCGUUUGCAAUAUGUGUACGUUCCCGAACGAUGUCCCACCGGAAUAUUUUGCUCCUGUGGACCCGUCUGGAGUGCGCGUUGAUCGUUUGCAACGGCCUGAGUUGAUGCUGGGGACAGUUGAGUUUACAGUACCCAAGGAAUACUGGGUGAAGGAGCCGGCUGGGUUACACCAGCUCUUUUUGAUUGAUGUUAGCCAGGAGUCUGUAAAUAGGGGGUUUUUAAAGGGGGUAUGUGAUGGCAUCAUCAACGCGCUUUACGGCGUAGAAGAGCAAGCGGAGGAAACCGAAUCCGAGACGAGAAAGGUCCCUGAGGGGUCAAAGAUUGGCAUUGUCACGUUCGACAGGGAGAUACACUUUUAUAAUAUUUGCUCUCGUCUCGACAAAGCGCAGAUGAUGGUAAUGACUGAUUUGGAAGAGCCAUUCGUCCCUCUUAGUGAAGGUCUCUUUGUGGAUCCUUAUGAAUCAAAGGCCGUCAUCACGUCUUUACUUGAGCAACUACCAACCUUGUUUUCACGCGUCAAAAGUCCUGAAUCUACUUUACUACCCACGAUCAAAGCAGCUAUAUCCGCAUUACAAGCGACCGGCGGCAAGAUUAUUUCUUGUUUAGCUAGUCUACCUACUUUUGGACCCGGUAAACUUGUCAUGAAAGACAAAAGCCAGGCGCCUGACGGAGAAAAUAAGCUAUUUGCCAUUGAUAAUCCAGACUACAAGGCGGUCGCAACCAAAUUGACAGAGGCCGGCGUUGGCAUUGACUUUUUUGUCGCGGCACCGGGUGGAUCAUUCAUGGACUUGACGACGAUAGGUUAUACUGCGGCCAUAUCUGGUGGCGAAUGCUUUUUCUACCCUAAUUUCCAUUCCCCUCGGGAUUCAUUGAAACUUUCGCAAGAGAUAUCUCACACUGUAACCCGUGAGACUGGAUAUCAAGCGUUAAUGAAGGUUCGAUGUUCCAACGGGCUUCAAGUUUCGGCAUAUCACGGCAACUUCUUGCAGCACACAUUCGGCGCGGACCUUGAAAUUGGAACGAUAGAUGCUGAUAAGGCGCUCGGAGUUAUCUUCAGCUACGAUGGAAAACUUGAUCCCAAACUUGACGCACACUUUCAAGCUGCGUUACUAUACACCGCAGCCAAUGGCCAACGACGGGUUCGGUGUAUCAAUAUUGUAGCUGGUGUUAAUGAGGGAGGCAUUGAGACGAUGAAGUGUAUUGAUCAGGAUGCUGUUGUUGCUAUUAUUGCCAAAGAAGCUGCCUCAAAAGCGGGGGACAAGACAUUGAAGGAUAUCCGGGCGAGUAUCACGGAAAAGACAGUAGAUAUCUUUUCCGGAUACCGCAAGAAUUUCUCUGGAUCGCAUCCUCCUGGUCAGCUGGUUCUGCCAGAGAAUCUCAAAGAAUUCUCUAUGUACAUGCUCAGUCUACUCAAGUCGAGAGCCUUCAAGGGAGGUAGCGAGACUGCAGACCGACGUGUACACGACUUGCGAAUGCUCCGUUCGAUUGGAUGCCUAGAAUUGUCCUUGUAUCUGUAUCCACGAAUCAUUCCCAUCCACAACAUGAGUGCCGAGGAUGGUUUUGCCAACGAACAAGGCCAGCUGCAGGUUCCUCCUGCAUUGCGGGCGUCCUUCUCACGCGUCGAAGAAGGAGGAGCAUAUCUCAUCGACAACGGACAAGGCAUACUCCUCUGGAUACACUCCUUCGUAUCGCCCAACUUACUUGAAGACCUCUUUGGACCCGGAAUCACAUCUCUGCAAGCCCUAGAUCCGAACACGUCAUCCAUCCCAGUCCUUGAGACGCAUUUGAAUGCCCAAGUGCGCAACCUACUACAAUAUCUCUCUACCGUUCGCGGAUCCAAAGCAGUCACUAUCCAAUUAGCGCGACAGGGCAUCGACGGUGCAGAAUACGAGUUUGCUCGGUCUUUAGUGGAAGACCGCAACAACGAGGCGCAGAGUUAUGUUGAUUGGCUGGUGCAUAUUCACCGCCAAAUCAAUUUGGAGCUGGCAGGACACCGGAAGAAGGAAGACGGUGCUACUAGUGCGGGCGAAGGGGCACUUUCUAGUCUUGCAGGAAUACGAGCGCCGUACUGGUGA